AUAGCUCCACAUUGUGGUAAUGGGAACUGGAACUAUAGCACACGAUCUGUUGAUAUUGUGACAAUGCUGCCAUUAGCAUUAGUGCUCCAGGUACAGGAAGGCGAGGGUAUGCAGCUUUUGUUCGCUUACCUCUGUGCAUGUGGGAUAGUUUCCACGAUAGUGGCAGUCAAUAUUCCGCCUCAAAAUGCAGACAAAAUACAAGGGCAGUUGUCCAAGGCUCUUAAAGAUGACAAAAGCCGAGAAUUAUGGCCUGACUGGCUAAAAACACUGAAUAGAAAUUACUAUGGUACAUCAAGCGAAGUUUCAGACACUGCAAAUGCUGAAAACAGGGACAGUUAUCUAGGGGAAGAAUUUUUAAAAUCAGUGUUCUCUGAUGACAACCUUUCAAAAUUCCAAAACACACCGAGAUUAAAUUCAAAAUUGUUAGGGGAUAGAAAACAGAUGCCUUUAACGAAGAUCAAUAUAUCAAAAACUUUGGGUUCUUUACCGUCCAACAAAUCCGAAACAAAAAUCGAAUUUGACAAUGAACACGACAGAAACACGACAGGAAACACCACAACUUACCCUAUACCAAACACAUUAGAAGGUACACAUACGCAAAAUCAAAGCAAUGAAAAUAGCGAAACGAACGACGUUUUGAGAUGCCCCCUCAAAGAGAGAAUGGCAUACACAGAUUGUGGGACCCGGAAGUCAUGUCCUUCAUCCUGUUCUGGUCAAGGAGAUUGCGCUUACCCUUACUGUGAUUAUCGAGGGGAGUGUCAGUGUAGAGAAGCCGAGUGCAGUAAUGGCAGCAUGUGUUGGUUCUACCGGCUUCCGUGUCAGGGAACAUUCUCCUGUAUCCAGGGCACCUGUCGGUGUGAUGACGGUCGAUGACGUCACUUCUGGACAUUUGGACAAAUGAUGAUACGUUCUCCUUUUGAAAGACUUAUAUAAAACAUUUAUAUCUUUAGAUUAUAACAGUGUCUUCAAAAGAUUGUAUCAACAAAAAAGAGGAAAAAAAUACAUUCUCAUGAAUGUAGAGAAAAUCGCGUCGUUAUUUAAAUUGUUGAAGCUUGUUUAAGAAAUAUCGCCUGUCUGUUAUUUAAACAUCAUGAAAAUAUAAAAGUAAAUUAUUCGUGUUAUUGCCUUCACAAAUACUUACUGCUUUUUCUGUUUAUGUCAACUUAUGUUCAAAGUUCAAAACGAAUUAAAGAGUUAAAGUAC